UUUGCUUCCCGCCGGAGACUUUUGCGGAGCUCCCCGGGUCCCCGGAGGGGGAGGGGGGCCAGUGGCGGCAGCUGGGGCUACAGAAGCAGCCCGGGGGUCCGGAAGUCAACAUCAUGUCGAGUCUGCACAAGAGCCGGAUUGCCGAUUUCCAGGAUGUCCUGAAGGAGCCUUCCAUUGUGCUGGAGAAGCUUCGAGAACUCAGCUUUAGUGGCAUUCCCUGUGAGGGCGGACUGCGGUGCCUCUGCUGGAAGAUCCUCCUGAACUACCUCCCUUUGGAGAGAGCCUCAUGGACUUCCAUCCUGGCCAAGCAGAGAGGGCUCUAUUCUCAGUUCCUGAGGGAAAUGAUCAUCCAGCCUGGCAUCGCCAAGGCCAACAUGGGUGUAUCCAGGGAGGACGUGACCUUUGAAGAUCAUCCCCUCAACCCGAACCCUGAUAGCAGGUGGAACACGUAUUUUAAGGACAACGAGGUGCUACUGCAGAUUGACAAAGAUGUCCGGAGGCUGUGCCCAGAUAUAUCCUUCUUCCAGCGAGCGACCGAAUACCCCUGCCUCCUCAUCCUGGACCCGCAGAAUGAGUUCGAGACCCUUCGGAAACGGGUGGAGCAGACAACACUGAAAUCUCAGACAGUGGCCCGGAACCGGAGCGGGGUCACAAAUAUGAGCUCCCCGCACAAGAACAAUGCACCACCAGCCCUGAAUGAGUAUGAGGUUCUACCCAAUGGCUGUGAAGCCCACUGGGAGGUGGUGGAGCGGAUCCUGUUCAUCUAUGCCAAGCUCAACCCUGGCAUCGCUUACGUGCAGGGCAUGAAUGAGAUCGUGGGUCCCCUGUACUACACUUUUGCCACUGACCCGAACAGCGAGUGGAAAGAGCACGCUGAAGCUGACACCUUUUUCUGCUUCACCAACCUCAUGGCUGAGAUCCGGGACAACUUCAUCAAGAGCCUGGAUGACUCCCAGUGCGGCAUCACCUACAAGAUGGAAAAGGUGUAUUCCACCUUGAAGGAUAAGGAUGUAGAACUCUACCUGAAACUGCAAGAGCAGAAUAUCAAGCCCCAGUUCUUUGCCUUCCGCUGGCUGACACUCCUGCUGUCUCAGGAGUUCUUGCUGCCUGAUGUCAUCCGGAUCUGGGACUCACUCUUUGCCGAUGACAACCGCUUUGACUUCCUCCUCCUGGUCUGCUGUGCCAUGCUCAUACUGAUCCGGGAGCAGUUGCUGGAGGGGGAUUUCACCGUCAACAUGCGGCUUCUGCAGGAUUACCCCAGCACAGACGUCUGCCAGAUCCUACAGAAAGCCAAGGAGCUCCAAGACUCGAAGUAACCUGGUGGCAAGAGGCCCAGGGUUGGAAGAGCAGCCACCUGCACCCUACAUCUGGUUUGUGGGACACAGAGGAGUCAGUGGGAAAGCAGUGAGGACAAGCCACAGACCUGGCCAGCUCCAGGCUUCCCAACCUGGCUCCCGCGGUCCAGGCUACUCCUGGAGCACACUGUGCUGUGCUCCUUCCCAGUGCUUGGCCCUGCUGCCCUCCCUGCACUUGAGUCCUGAGGCCUCCACCCAGACGGCUGAGCAGCGCGGGAGCUCCUGAAUGGGGUUCCUGGGACUGGGGCCAUUUGAGGCACAGGCGGCUGGCAAGGGUCCUGCCAUGCCUCUGCCCAGUAGCUCCUUACCCUUUGUGCUCUCAUCUUCCCCUGGGUCCUGGUCAGGGGAGGUAAUUGGCUAAUGGGCCAGAAACCAUUUCUGAGCAUUGGUGCUCAAGCCACUUGGGGAAGGGACCCCAGAAGAGCUGAGAGACUGCCAGUUCCAGGUUCACCUUUUGUCUCCCCUGUCUGGUGCAUUUGCUCAUGGUCGGGGUGUCACCCAGGUGUCUCUGCUCCAGUGUGUGUAUGUACAUGUGUGUUCACACAUGCCCUGGAAGUGGAGUAGGCAUGUUGGAAUCCCUCUGAGGUCCUGCUUCCUCUCUUCUGUGUCUCUACCUCUGCUGUCUCCUUCUUCUUCUGCCAGAGGUGUGUGUGGCUCCUGCCAUUCCUUCCUCUCCAUGUCUCUCUACCCUUCGCCUGGAGCACCUUACCCCAAACCUCUUCCUCUCUCCUCUCUGCUUCCUGAGGCCAGCAGUCAGAAUGAGGAGUGUGGCUUAGUAAGACCCCUGUAGGCCAUCCUUGGCUUAUGCACCCUGUUCCCAUCCCCAACCCAAGGUUCAAGGUCCCCUCACCAGAGAGGGAAUCACAGUGGUUCUUCAGAGGGCCUGCUCUGCUUGAGGAAGCCAAGUGCUGCUGGCAUGGUGGCCUGCGACACUUGGGGCCUCUUGCCCGUUGUUUGCCCAACUGUGGAGAAAGGAGGGAGGAGGAGUCUUGUAAGGGCCUCCCUGGAGACUCAUCAUCUCAGAGACCAAGGACAUCCCGCUGGGCUGUGCCUGGGAGCUGGAAUCUGAGCAUCUCAGCAGAGCUGGCAUCCCUUGGCUUCCAUGUUCCUGCCAGGGUAAGUCUCAUCAAGGGCAAGGGACCAAAGGAUGCCUCUCUGUGGCCAGCGUUGGCUAAACUCGAGGGCCUGGAGCUUCUCAGUGCCAGGAGAGCUACAUCUGUAGCUGUGCUCCUGCAGGGGCUGCAGAGGUGCUUGGGCUGUCUCCUGGCUUUGGGGACACAGUGCCUGAGCUGCACCCUGUUCAGCAAGUAGACUUUUCCUAACCUUGCCCCUCCCUCCUUUUCUGUGGAGGCCAGGUGGUUUGAGUCCUGAAGGCAGGUCGACAGCAAGGGAGGGGGGUCCUCACCCUCUCAGACUGGCCAGCAGGAACUAGGCUCCAGCAGCUGCCACCCGAAGCCUCCUGAGACCAGUUGCAGGGCUCCCUGCCUUCCCAAGCCGCUGCUCUAGUAAACUUCCUUGGGUGCUGCUGGGACUCUCUCUGUCUGCCUUUUUGCUACCAUCUCCCCCAACAUACAAUAUUUGGGUGAUUUUUUUGUUUUUGUUUUUGUUUUUCGAGACAGGGUUUCUCUGUGGCUUUGGAGCCUGUCCUGGAACUAGCUCUGUAGACCAGGCUGGUCUGGAACUCACAGAGAUCCGCCUGCCUCUGCCUCCCGAGUGCUGGGAUUAAAGGCGUGCGCCACCAUCGCCCAGCUGGGUGAUUUUUUUUUUUUAACUAUUUAUUUAGACAUGGGCUAUUUAUUGCAGAUUGGCAAGUUAGUUGGGCUGUGGGCGGGUGGUAGUGACUGGGGUGAUAGAAUUGGAGGCAUGGAUUGUCUUAAUUUCCCAAGAUUAACCCUGGCACCCUCUCCCGUUCCUGGCUGGGAAGGCUGCCAGCUCUACUAGAACUGAGUACAGGGGAGGCCCGAGCUGGUGCAUUUGCUGUACUCAGAGAUACAGGGCAUACACUCCCACCAUCUUGGCCUCCCCUUAAUGUAGGGCUUGUCAGCAGGUAGUUCAGCCCCAGCAUUGACCUCUUCAUUGCCUGGAAGCCAGCAGACACUGCCUGGGACACCUACUGCAUUCAUUCCCUCUUGCCAAUCCUCCCUCCCUCUCUUCCUGGGACCAUGCUACUGGAAUCACUGUAUCUGAUUUGUUUCUGUGGGAGACCUGCAUCCUGUGCCCACUCCUUGACCCUGGAGAUGAAGGCCAAGGGCACGGAGGCUGUCUGGAUAGAGUGGCUCCCCCAGUCGGGUGCUGCCUGAGGAAAGGACUUGCCUGUGGUGAUUCUUAAGGGAGAACCAGAGUCUGAAUUCAGCAGCUUCCACGUGGGGUGGCCCCAGGAGCUUGGCAGGUCACCCCGGGGGACCGGACAGCAGUGGCUUUUGUGUUCUCGUCCGUUCUCUGAAUCAGUGCUGUUGAUGAGUUGUCUUUAAUAAACCGUGUGCUCU